AUGGAAACCGACGACAACAGCGAAAGAAAAUUCGAGUUAAAAAUAAGGACGAACGAAUUGUCGGAGAUAAACAAAAUGAUUGAGGAUACAAUAAGGAAAAGAAUUGAUAUUAAAGAAGAAUUUGAAGAGAGUAAAAAAAAAUUUAAAAAAGAAAUGUUAAAUUUACGUACUAUAGAAGAAUACCAAGAGAAAAAAUUAAACGAUUUAGAAUGCGAGAUAAGAGUUUUGUCGGGGAGAACGAUCGAUUGUAAGGACAUUGAAACGGAAAAUUUAGAAUUGACGGAAGAAUUGAUGGAAUUGCAAAAAGUCAGUAAUACGAAAGAGGAAAUCGAUAGGUUGGAAAAUGAAAUCAAAGAAGCUUUUCUCCUAUGGGAAAGCAUAGAUGAGAGUAGCAUGAUCGUUUCCGUUGGUAAAGAUCUCGUUAGGGAAAACAGUAAGAGUUUUCUGACGGAAGCAAGCGCGGAAAUGAGAGAUAAAGUCAUUCAAAAACAAGCUAAAAUAAAUGCGGAAAUGUCUAAAAUUGAUGAGCAAAUUAAAAAAUGCGAGGAUGAAUUACACUUUUAUAAGGAACGUUGUAAAAAUCUAUUGGAAAUUGAAAAAAAAUUAGAAAAUUCCAUGGGAAACCCGAACGAAGAAGAAAAACAAAAUGGUCGCUUUUACCAAAAAGAACUUCCAAACCCAUUUGGAGUACAGUUUACAUUAUGGAUUUUUACAUUAGAUACAGAAAAUUUACAAUAUGGCCAGAAGUUAAUGGAAAAAAUGGGUUGGUCUGCUGGAAAAGGAUUAGGUGCAAAUGAACAAGGAAUGCAAGAACCCCUUAGAGUGUCUUAUAAAAAUGAUACUAAAGGAAUGGGAUAUAAAUUGAACGAUAACGAAUGGUGUGAGCAACAAGAAGAAUUUAACGAUUUGUUGGCAAAUUUAACUGGUGGUAACAAAUCUGCCACAGCAGAAGACCCUGUAAAAAUUGAAGUCAAAAGUUUAGAAGAGAAAUCUAAACAAUCGAAAAGUAGAGUUCAUUACAAAAAGUUCACAAGAGGAAAAGAUCUUUCACGUUAUAGUGAAAAUGAUUUAGCUUGUAUUUUAGGUGUUAAUAAAAUAACUGAGAAAAAAAAUAUCGAAAGUGAAAAUAAAGUUAUGAUGGAAAAACCGAAAGAAAUUAAUAAUGAUGAAAUGUUUGGUGUGAAAACCAUACAUGGAGGAUCCCUGACAGAUUACUUUAAAAAAAAAUGGGAAAGUAUUAAGGGCAAAACAAAAAUGUCACAGAGUAAUAAAGAAUGCGAGAAUGAUGAUAACGAUAAUAAUUUUAUAGAAAGUGAUUAUAAACCAAAUAAAGAAAUUUUAAAAGAUGAACAAGUUGAAAAUUUUAUUCAAAAGAUGGAAUCACAUUCGAAAGAUGUGACAAAUCAUCAGAAUAUUGAUUCCAAUAAUUUUUGCGAUUCUGAUCGAGUUAAAGUUAAAAAACAUAAGAAAAAAAUUUUAGAUUGCAAAGAAAAUUGUACUAAUGAUUUAAAAAAGAAAAAACUUUUACAAAAUAAUAAUAAUAAUAAUAGUGGUGAUAAUGGUGAUUUGAAUUGUGAAAAUGAUUCGUCAUUAGGAACAUGUGUUGAAAAUAACAUAACAAAAAAUAAAACUCAUUUGAAUGAUAUUGAAGAUUUGAAAACAUUAGAAACAAAUUUUUCUAGUAAAAAAAAGGAAAAGAAAUUAAAAAAAGAAAAAAAAAAAUUAAAAGUUGAAACUGAAUGUGAUGAAAAAGUCGAAUCUGAUGAAACGAACACAAACAUUCAUGAUGAAAAUGUUUACAAAAAGAAAAAAAAGAAAGAUAGAAAAAGAGUUUUAUCGGAUUGCGACCAUGAUAAUAUAAAACCUGUAAAAGAAACAGUUUCCGAAAACCAGGAGGAAACGAUUAAAAAGAAAAAGAAGAAAAAAAGGAUGGAAAAGGAAAAUGCAUACAUUACCACCGAGGAAGAGAAUAAAGUUGAAGGUGUUAAAGGAAUGACUGAUGAAGGAAUGGAAAAAAUAGGGAAACCUGUGAUUGUUAAUGAAUCCCCCCUCGAAGAACCCUGUAAGAGAAAAAAAGAAAAAUCAUCGAAAGUUACUUUUUCAAAUGAUGAUGUCGAAAAGGAUGAGAACAAGGAUGCAACAUGUGAUAAUUUAGAAGAAAAAGAUAUUAAAAAAAAGAAAAGUAAAAGAAAACGGGAAGAAGAAGGAGAAGAAAAAGGAGAAAAAAUCGAUGAUGAUUGUACAAAUCCUCCCAAAAAGAAAAAAAAGAAAAAGGAAAAGGAGGAAGAUGUGGUAGUAAAUGAAAAUGAAGGUGGAGAAGACUCUGAUAAAUCAAAGAAAAAGAAAAAGAAAAAAAAAGAGGAUAAAACGAAUAAUGUCGAAACUAAUGAAAUCCCACAGGAUUGUGCGAAUGAGAGGACCAACAGUCAAGAUUUUGGUAAAUCAGGAACGCAAAAUUGUAACGAAUCGUCUUGGAAUAUGAAGGGAUCGGAAAAUUCACAACAAAAAUUAUCAUCAUCAUCGUCAUGGAAAAGGCCAAAUUCUAUUGCCACGAAAAGUAAAGUUUUCAGGUUGAUUUCCGGGGCCCAUUUUGAAGAUUUUAAAGGUUUGAAUGUUAUGGUUUUAAAAGGUUACGGACAAACCUAA